AUGCCGCUACUUCGUCCCCAAGAGGUGCACGCGUGGGCGGAAGCAGAGCAAGUUAACCCCCGCUGUGCCUUUGCAGUGGAUCGAGUUCCCACCGGCUGCAGCGUAAAGCUCAUGCAUCCUACCCUCAUUUACCAUGUGAGGUUAAAGGGCAUCCGACUCGUGACGGAAAUGGAGUCGAGAGUCCUGGGGUACCGGGCGAGACUGUACUGUGGCCCCAGGGAGCUAGGGGAUGAUGAAGGACCGUAUACUGUUUACCCGGUGGGAACUUAUCCCCUUGGUUGCCCUGUUGUAUAUGCUGGGUCUGCAACAUCCCUGCCACUUGCGCUGGAGGUAAAGACGGAACCUCUCGAUCCCGCCACAGUGGUUAGUGGAUUGGAUUCCCCGGGAAAAGUAGAGGCCCUUAGCUCAAGUGCAGGGACGAUGCUGCCUACUCUUGUCAUUGCUGGGACAAAAUACCCGAAGCUGAAGGUUUUUUCGGGAACUCUCCCUGUCCCUGAAGGAGAGCAGGGUUUUGAAGAGUGGCAGGAGGCUGCAGUGCAGAUGAUAGAAGAAUGUCCAUGCCCUGAGGGGGAUAAACGGAUCCGGUUAACCGAAAAUCUGCGCCCUCCUGCCAGUCAGGUGGUUAAACUAUUUUGCAAGGCUCACUUAAAAGCUUCUGUUAGAGAUUGUCUGAAAGCACUCGAGGAAGUAUAUGGGGCUUGUGACAAUCCGCAUAAUCUGCUCCAUAUGUUCAGAAGCUUGUAUCAAGAGGAGGGAGAGCUUGUGUCCACCUUUGUGCGUAGGUUACAAAGCAAGCUAUGGACAUUAGUUCACAAGGAAGUUAUCUCUGUUGCUGAGGUUGAUGAGAUGCGACGCACCCAACUUCUACAGGGACUGCAGGCAAGCCAUCCCAUAGCCAUGGAGCUGCGCAUUAUGUAUCGGCAGGGUACCCCGCCCGAAAUGGGUGCCAUCAUGGGUGUAGUAAAAGAAAGGGAAGCUGAACUCGAGAGAGUGUCCGCUCAUAGUAAGAAGGUGACAACUGGGAGUCUUCCCUCUGCUCAGAAGGAACUAGAGGGAGCCCUUAGGAAGACCCAAGAUUCGUCCCUGCGGCCUAGGAGGGCUUCACUAGCCAAGACUUUUAGUGCUACUGCCCAGUUAGACUGCUUUCGAUGUGGACAUCAGGGCCAUAGAGUGUACCAGUGUUACCCGUCAGUUGGCUCGGGUGAAUUCCACAGUAAAGGGGGUCAGUUACCUUUGAAGCGAAAGGGCAAGCAGAAGGGUUUGAAACCUUUAAACCUCCCUGGGGUAGGACGACGGUGUACUUUCAGCCUGCUUGUGAAUGGUGUCCCGACCACAGCACUAUUUGAUACGGGUUCCCAAUUGACCAUUAUACAUCGUCCGUUUUACCUUCAACACCUCAGUCACCUUCCCUUGCAAACAGUGGGUCCUGUACCGGUGUUUGGUGUGGGGACGGGCCCUACAUACAUGGAUGGCUGUGUGGAAGUACAACUGUACAUCCCCGGACUUGUAGGAGACAACGAUCCCCCCAUCACUGUGGUUGCUUAUGUGAGUCCCCCACCAGGAGGUAAGGGAGCGGCUCCAGUCAUUGUUGGCUCCAAUGUGAAAGCUGUUGAGGAGGCGUUCCUACGAUUCCUUCAACCCCGGGAGGGAACCCCAUUAACCGUGUUGCCCGUAUCUCCAGAGUUGCAAGCAAUUUGCCAAACUUUCGCUCCCGAGUCCCCUGGGGGUUGUAUAGGAAACCCUUGGUAUCCGGUGGAAAUUCCACCAGGGGGAGUACGGAACCUACGAGUGUAUGUGGAAAUUGUGUCUACUACCCCUGGCAGUUACUUUUUGCUGGAGACUGACCCGCACGAAGCUGUCCGAAAUGGUUGGGAGAUAGUUCCUGAGAGGAAAGAUUACCGGCGUAAAUGCCCUCGUACCGAUGUGGUCACAGUUAAAAACAUUACCUCUUAUACCGUUACCAUCCCUGCCUGGUAUACGGUUGGGCAUUGCUACCCGGUGGAGAGUGUUAAUUCCUGCUCAGUUCCUGGGGGGAAAGAGGACAUUAAACUUAAUUUCAAGUUGGAGGAGGCUGAUGAUCCGAUGGAACACCGUCAUAUGCUUGAGCAGAAGUUAUUGCUGUACCGGGAUGUUUUCUCCGUAGAUGAGAUGGAUGUGGGUUGCGCUAAACGUGCUGAACAUAGUAUCAGAUUGAGUGAUGACACCCCUUUCCGAGAGAGGUCCAGGCGCAUCCCUCCUCGUGAUCUGGAAGAUGUUCGGAAGUAUUUGGACAAGAUGAAGGAUCAACGAAUAAUCGUUGAAUCACGCAGUCCAUAUGCAUCACCAAUUGUGAUCGUACGAAAGAAAAAUGGUAGUGUUCGCCUAUGUGUGGAUUACCGAACAUUAAAUAGACGCACUGUCCCAGAUCAGUAUACGCUACCCCGUAUUGAUGAAGCACUGGAUGCAUUACAUGGUAGUGCAUGGUUCUCUGUGAUGGACUUACGUUCGGGGUAUUAUCAAAUUCCCAUGAGUAGGGAUGACCAAGAGAAGACUGCUUUUAUCUGUCCUUUGGGGUUCUAUGAGUUCACCCGCAUGCCUCAAGGUAUAAGUGGGGCCCCUGCCACCUUUCAGCGUCUCAUGGAGAAGGUGUUGGGUGAUUUGACUCCCAGGCAUUGCAUAGUCUACUUGGAUGAUAUAAUUGUGUUUGGCUCUACUUUGGAAGAACACGAUACCAGGUUGUUUAAUGUUUUGGAUCGCCUGCGGCAGGAGGGUUUGAAGCUUUCUGUUGAUAAAUGCAAGUUCGCUCGUAAGGUGGUGAAGUUUGUGGGACAUAUUGUGUCUGCAGAAGGCAUUGCUACUGACCCCGAGAAAGUGGCAGCUGUCCGAGAUUGGCCAAGGCCAACCAAUUUGACUGAACUUAGAUCCUUCUUGGGAUUUUGUGGAUAUUAUCGGAGAUUUGUAGAGGGAUAUUCCAGACUUGCUCAUCCCUUGAAUGGCUUGUUGGCAGGGAGUGCUUCCAAGCAGACCAAUUCUGUCCAGCCCCCCCUUAAAGGUCGGUGGUCUACAGAUUGUGAGGAAGCUUUCUUAACUCUAAAGAAAAGACUCACGGAGGCUCCUGUCCUAGCUUAUGCUGAUCCUCAGAAACCGUAUGUUUUGCAUGUUGAUGCCAGUUAUGAAGGAUUGGGCGGCAUUCUUCAUCAAGAAUACCCGGAGGGUCUGAAGCCUGUUGCCUAUGUUAGCCGAAGUCUUAACCCAGCCGAAAAGAAUUACCCAGUGCACAAAUUGGAGUUUUUGGCGUUGAAAUGGGUAAUUACUGACAAACUGCAUGAUUAUCUCUAUGGGGUUAAGUUUGAGGUAAGGACAGACAAUAAUCCAUUGACUUAUAUCUUAACCACUGCUAAGUUGGAUGCUGCUGGGCAUCGGUGGUUGGCCGCUUUAUCCAAUUAUCAGUUCUCUCUGAAGUACAAGCCUGGUCCUAAAAAUGUAGGUGCUGAUGCCUUAUCCAGACGUCCUGGUUUACCUCCUUGUAUGGAAGAGGAUGAAUGGGAGGAAUUACCUAGUUUGUCAGUAGCUGCUCACUGUGCUACUGCAGCUAUGAAGAAUGGUCAAGUGGCUUUUUCCGAAUUGCGGUUGGUGGAUUCCUUGGGAGGAAAAGAAGAUUGCAUUCCUUCUAUGUACGCAUAUCCUACGACGUUAGGAGUAUCCCAGAGUCUUCAACUAAGUAAUGGUGAUAUGAUUCGGGAACAAAAGAGAGACCCAGUGGUUCGGUAUGUCCGAGAGGCUGUCGCCAGAAAGGAUCCCGAGCUUAUGAGAAAGACUAUACCUAAAGAUAGUCGGAUAUUCUUGAAAGAAUGGGACAAGCUAAAGUUUAUUGAUGGGAGUCUCUAUCGGAUUCAGUUGUUUCAUGAUCACCCGGAGAGGAGGCAGUUGGUGUUACCUCAAGUUUAUCGGCGAAUGGUAUUGAGGAGCUUACAUGAUCAACAUGGUCAUCUAGGGGUGGAAAAGACUUUUGGACUGAUUCGUGAUCGGUUCUUCUGGCCCCGAAUGAGAGAGAUGGUGGUCGAGUACUGCAGGCGUUGUGUCCCUUGUUUGCAAAGAAAGUCUUUACCCACUCGGGCUGCUCCUAUGGAACACUUAAAGAGCACUGGGCCGUUGGAUUUAGUCUGUAUGGAUUUCCUGUGUAUUGACAAAGACUCUAGUGGGAUUGGAAACAUAUUAGUUGUGACUGAUCAUUAUACUAGAUAUGCCCAAGCCUAUCCCACAAAAGAUCAGAAGGCCGCUACUGUGGCUAAGGUGUUAUGGGAGAAGUUCUUUGUCCAUUAUGGUUUACCCAAUCGACUUCACUCUGAUCAGGGAAGAGAUUUCGAGAGUCGGUUGAUAAAGGAACUACUAGACCUGUUAAAUGUGGCUAAGAGUCGCACGACUCCUUAUCAUCCUGAAGGAGAUGCUCUUCCUGAGAGGUUCAAUCGAACCCUGUUGGACAUGUUGGGUACUCUUUCGGUCACAGAAAAACCCUUUUGGAGUCGUCAUGUAAGUGCCCUUGUUCAUGCCUAUAAUUGUACCCGGCAUGAGUCCACUGGGUUUUCGCCCUAUUUCCUUAUGUUCGGAAGGGAAGCACGACUGCCCAUAGAUGUACAGCUGGGGGUUUCUACUGAUGGAAUUGGAUGUAGGGAGCACUAUCAAUAUGUGAAUCGUCUUCGGAAUAGCUUGAAGGAAGCUUAUUGCCUGGCUGAGGAAAAUGCUGCAAAGGUCAAUGCUGGGAAUAAACGUCGGUUUGAUGCUAAAGUACGGUACCGUGAAUUGAAGCCUGGAGAUAAAGUGCUUUUACGUAACUUAGGUCCCAGUGCAAAGCAUAAGCUGGCAGAUCGAUGGAGGAAGGAAUUAUUUGAGGUAGUAGCCAAGCUACCCAGUGUUCCGGUGUAUCGGAUUCAGGGUACGGAUGGAAGAGUCAAAGCUUGGCACCGAAACCAUUUGCUGCCUGUUCCUCAGGUUCCUCAGAUGACUACUAAUUCCGAAGUGGAGGAGGACGAUGGUUUGGUUCCAAAUGAUGGUGUAAGAGAAGAAGAAGUUCCAUCUACUACUGAAAGUGGAGAAAUGCUUGCACUUGAUGAAGGAAGUGAUGAUAUACUUCAAGGUGGUGAGUUAGAUAUUGAUGCUCCUCCCUUCCAGCCGCAUUCUCCAGGAUAUCUAGCCCCUGACCCAGUGGGGUGCAGGGGGCCUAACCCUGAACCAUUGAGAAGAGGUGAUCGGGUUAGGAGGCCUCCUUCCCUAUUUACUUAUGACACUGUGGGUAGGCCCACUUAUGGGGUACCUGGAUAUUUUGGUCCUUCCCCAGCUGUGAUGAGUCUAAUCGAUGCUCAUGCCAGAUUGGUACAUAUGAUGCCUGUAUGUUGUUAGAGAUGGAACUAUAAAAGGAUUUUUCUUCCAUUCACUCCAGUUGGAGUUAGGCCUAUGGACUGUCUUAGUUAAUACCUGCCCCUUGGGUAGAUUCCUUCAAUUUUUCCUUUUAUCCUCCUAAGUGCAUUUGAAAGAGGACUGUGGGUUCGACUAUAUUGAUGGACUAGAAUACUGAUGUGUUUGAAAUGUAGUAUUUCUUGUGUUUCUUUUGCAGGUGAAAAAUUUACUGGUUCAUGAAUGAGACUGUGCUAUUGAUAUGUUCUCUUUCAGUUAUGCCAUUGUACCUGGGUUACUCAGGAGAGUUACCCCGAAGAGGUUAUAAGGUAAUGGUAUAGUAAUGCAAUGUGUUUUUUUGAAAAGGUUUCUUGCAUGAUGUGCCUUAACUGCUAUAAUUUCAGUAUUGAUUCUUUGAAGGUUCCUUGCCGGGACGGAAGGAAUUCACCAGGGGGAGAAUGUAGGAAUGUGAAAAUCUUAGACACCCUUAUACUUUUUUGACAGGCACAUCCCUAGCUAUUUGGAGACCUAAAUGGGUCCUAAAACACAGUUGGGAGGAGUACUGUGCUCCUGUGCUUAUGUAACCCCUGCAAUUCACACAGUGACCUGAGUGGUGCUGUGCCAGAGUAUAAAAGGGUUAGGAGCCAUGCGGUCUGGAGUCCAUUGCUGCUGAAUCCUCCCUCUGUCUGCAGCAGAGGUUGGGAGUGGUGGAACUCAUCUUAGUACUUAGUAAGUGUUAGUUAUACUCUGUUAUAGAUCACUCUAGGAGUGACAGAAAGGUUAAAUAGUUGAGCAGCUCAAGGCUCCACCAGGGAGAUUAGUGGGAUUAAGAUCCCCGGGUAUUACUAACCCAGAGAGGGACUAAAGUGUUGAGAUUAGGGAUAAUAGGUUUCUCCUAAGAGCACUAAGAGUUUCUAUCGACUGAUUGAUCCAUACCUGCUGUUAAUUUACUCUCUGCUGUGAGUAUAUGUCUCCUUUGUGCUGCUGUGUUAAUCUAGGUUCUAUAUUCUAUUGUGAAUGAUGCUAUACUGUUCAAUAAAUCUAGUUCCGUGUUUAAGCAAAACAAAACCACUGGCGCCCAUCAUUGUGUUACUGCACCGAGUUACAGUUGCACUACACCCUGCCUCCACUUCGUGCGAGGGCUUGCCCCUGGGAAAGAGAGCUUAUAGGUGGUAAGAGCCCACCAAGGAAAGUAGCUAAACCGCUAAAAGUGAAAGCAGUUUACUAUAGUGCUACACAAGUAUAGCACUUGAUCCACCAGUUGCAGCCAAACAUCCAUUC